CAGCUGUUUUAUUAAUGUGUAUUCAGGAUCAAAACGGAAAAUAAAAUGAACUAGCAAAAUACUGACGACGCAGUGAAUCCAAUCAAAUUGAUUUCAAAUAUAAUUAAUUUUGUAUUGAAUUAUCAUAAACAAUAUAUUUCGGGAUCGUGGUCUUCUACCCCAUAAAUUACAGUAAUGUGUAGCCUACAAGCGGAGGAGAAUCAUCUAGCCUCCAAGGCAAUAGCUCUACCAAGAGGGGAUGCGUCGUCAAUAGUGACACUAUUCGAAAUAAGUUGGCAGGAUGUUUUGAUCCCCAUGGUUGCGGAAUUCCUUAGUCUCAAGGAACUUUUUAAUUUGCGUUGUUGCUCGCAAACUGCCAAACGCUUCGUAGAAGCUGCAUUUGAACGCCGUAAAGACAUUAAUGUAGCUGGUAAUAAUAGUCGAAACAUAGAAUUAGCAUUCGCUGUCCUUGGGAAAUGCUGCCGCCGCGUUGAAAGCCUGCAUUUGGCACGCUGUCACUGGAUGACAGAUGAAUACUUGCUGCCAAUUUUAGCUGAAAAUACCCGAUUACGAGUGGUAAAUCUGAAUGAGUGCGUAAAUAUUACACCGUUGGCGUUGCAGCCAAUCAUAAUUGAAUGUAAGGAACUACGCAUUUUGAAACUCUCAAAAUGCCAGUGGUUAACUACGGGUGCGGUGGAUGCUUUAACUUUACACCAUAACAAUUUAGUCGAGUUUGACAUUUCACAUUGUACAGCAAUUGGGGAGCGUUGCUUGAUUAUGUUUUUCCGAAAGUUAAACAAAUUAAAUGUUUUGUCACUCGCCAAUACUCCUAGUGUAACCGACCAAGUAUUAAUCCAGAUUGCCAACUACUGCAGUGGCUUAGAGCACAUCAAUUUGGUCGGCUGUGCUGCCAUUUCCGACUAUGGCAUACACGUUCUAACUACAUCAUGCCGACAUCUCCAAUCGCUGAUGGUGCAUCGAUGUCCGAACGUAACGGAGCGCGUGUUGGCGCCACUGCGUGGCCACCUCUUCAUCGAUAGACCGCAACUGGGCUAUAAUGUUCCAGCCAUACCGGGGUAUAUUAAUUGUCUAUACUUACAAGUUUAAUUGGAACGCCUAUUUAACUGUUUAAGACUUUAUAUAUAUUUGUGUGAUUCUCUAUAGAAAAUAUUUUAAGUUAAAUUUAUUUGUAAGAUUUUAUUUGCAAUACCGACAAAUAUAAUUAAAUACUAUU